AUGAAGACCAGCCUGACGAUUCGCCUCACUGAGGCUGCGACAUUCCUCAAGACCACGGAAAACAAUGCUCGUCGCCGUAACACCCAAGUUGACGGGGAGUCUGGGUCUCGACCGUCAAUGCUAAGAGGUCUUCUCACUCUGAACCUGGCUAAACCUACGAAGAUUACCUCUAUCGACCUGGAGCUGCAAGCGAAAACGACAAUAUCUUGGCCAGAGGGAAUUGGAGCUCGCAGAGUGGACGUUCAAGAGGAGCACAAGGUGUUCUCAGAAUCUGUUGUCUACUUUCAAGCAAGCCCUGCAGCUCGUCGGAAUGCCUCUGUCGGACCAGGAGUGCAUCCUUGGGAUGCUUCUGAAGACUCAUCGUUGGAUCACCUUCCGGCAACUCCCGAUACCCCUUCUUUCGAUGUCCACACCGCGCGAUCGACUCGUGCCGCAAGACGGGUGAGCGCAGACUUGUCAUAUUUCCCACCCGAGACAUCAAUCCCUCCCUACACUCCCCUUCCGACUCCACCAUCCUCAUCCAGUCAUGCAAGUCCCGCUCAAUCGUUUGGAAAUCUUGCUGGUGAAGACCCAGCACAUGCGUUGGAAGACUUUAGAAAUGCCUUGCGCGCGAGUUUGCCACAAUCUCGCAGCGCGGCUGGCGAUCGCUCACCAGUCCCCAUUCGCUCUUCCGGCUCUUCUGUUCGUGAUCAAGAUAGGUCGUUGUCCAGAAGACCGAGCAUCGACACACUAGCCGAAGUUGAUGAACAUGAACCAGGGACAAGUAGCCCUAACCGCUCUGUGCCCCGCGGACGUCGAGCUCGGUUUAGUCUAACCGCUGUUUCAAACGUUCUUAAAGACGUUGUCCGCUCCAGUUCGCCACAUCGAGAGGAAUCAACUCGUCGCGGCCGUACUAGAGACAAGUCGUCGGAGGAGAAAAGUGGAAGAUCACAAGAGCGACAUGUGCGCAAUACGUUGGGUAAACUCGUUGGAUUGAAGGACGACGAGAAGAAAUCGGAUGGUUGGAAGGAGUUUAAGAAAGGAACUUACACAUUCCCUAUUUCGUUUGCGAUUCCACCAAAUGCGCCUCCAACGAUGCAAUGCCCAUGGGGCACAGUUCUAUGGAGGCUCAAAGCAGAUGUCCAUCGUCCUGGGGCACUGACAUCUCGUAUUUCUGCUUCGAGAGAGGUCAUCAUUGUCGCGGGUCCGACUGAGGACGAUAUGGAAGGCACUGAGAAUAUUGUGGUUGAACGCCAUUGGGAGCAACAACUCCAGUAUCUCAUUUCUAUUUCUGGUCGGAGUUUCCCUAUCGGAGGAAUAGUGCCCGUUUCGAUGACUCUUCUGCCUCUAUGCAAGGUGAAAAUACAUCGGUUAUCGGUUUUCCUGGAAGAGAAGAUAGAAUAUUAUUCGCAAAUGAAGCGUGUUAUGCGGUCUGAUCCUGUGGCACGCCUACCGCUCUUGGUAGUCAAGCAUCCAGAUAAAAUGGGUGGGCCGAUCCUCCCUCUGGUCUCUAAUGCAAGCGACGCACUAGAGACAACGCCACUACUGCUCCUCACGUCUGUUGGCGAUGAUCUGAAUGAGCUUGCUUCACAAUGGAUGGGACCUGGACCUUGGACAUUUUACCAGGACCUCCAACUUCCUUCAUCUUGUGCAACUCUCCAUUUUACCAACAAGAACAAGCGCAGCAAUAUCACAGUGACCCAUGUACUCAAGUGCAUCAUCCGAGUGGAGCGAGGCGACAACUUGGCGGUAGACCCAAAGACAGGGGAGAACAAGUUGUUCGACAUAGUUGUGCAGACACCGAUACAUAUCCUGUCGUGUCGGUGUAACCCAGAAUGGAUGUCGCUCCCGCAAUACUCGAUGUCGUUCGAAGACCCGGCUGAUGUGCCAUCCCAUUGUCCCUGCCAAACUCAUCGGCACACGAAUGGGCUCCUUGAAAGGAUACUUACCCGCAGUUCGUCAGACUCGACCGCAAGUGCAGUCGAGACCCAUCAAGUCCACCAUCCUGAAGCCGAUACUCUUUUUGCGCGUAAUAUCCAGUUUGAGCGAUUGGUUGCUGGUCAAGAGAGCGAGGUGGGGGAGGCCCCGCCUGCAUAUGUUACCCUUUAA